AUGGGCAAGAAGGGCAAGAAGAAGGCGAAGCUCACCGGCACCCCGGACGUUGUCCGCUUCAAGGGCACGCGAGAAUACUGCCUACUCCAGGAAUGUAAAGAAAUCCAAGAAAGCCUCCCGUUCGUCGCAACGGAUGCCUUGGACGACUUCGCAUAUAAGAAGGUCGCGAGGUUUCUAAACAUGGUGGGCCUCCUCGCGGAGUACUUGGGCAUCCACUCCAACAAGGACUACAGAUUCAACUUUUUUCACCGGCUCUUGUCGCCGACCCCGCAGUUUUUCCCAAUGGGCUUUGACGUCAACGUCAUCCGACAGGCGAGAGAAGCCCAGGAGAGACCGGGUGUGACCUUCAACGGAGUGCUGCACACGUACCCGGAUGAAAUCAAGCUUGCUGCAGAAGGCUUCUUAAAGGAGGUCGACAGCACCAUGACGAAGAUCGCCAGUGAAAUUGAGCCGCGGCUCAAGGACGACUUCGCGCCGGGCCUACCUCGCUUCAAAGCAGAGUUGAAGGACGACAUAGAGCUCUUCGAUCGCCUGUGGAUGGAGUUCGAGGAGCGGUUUGUCAAAGCGCGGCACGAGAUCAUGACUAAGGUCUUCGAAAACGUGGAGCAAAUCAUCACUGUGGAGCUGGAGCUGACUCAGGCCGAGGAGCGGAGGGAUAUCGAAGGAAAGCAGCGGUUGGAGAAUGACUUUGUCUCCGUUGUUGAGCAGUUUACCAACAAGCUGUUUCCCGAGACAUCCUCCGACAAGCUCCCUGCCGACGUAAUCCCGCUGGCAGAAGCUUGCAUCUUCUACGAAUCCAAGUGUACAGAAGAUUGGCUCCAUUUGGCCAAGCAUCUGAUCUAUGAAUACUUGGAACUGAGACUUUACGUCAUGAAGAUUCCGGAGCAGCGGCUAAGCCCCCAGCUCAAGGACAAUCCGCAGUUCAUGCGGCACCUCAAAAACUUCCACGCAGCUGUGCUGGCUGCCAGGGAGGCGCUGGAUUUCGUUUCAAGGCUUCCGAAACUGAUACACGCCAAGACAUCUGAUUGGAUGACGAAGCGUCUGUUGGAGCCGGACCUGAGGUACAUUCAGAAAACUUCUGCUCUGGCCAUCACGGAGGGCUUGCACUGA